CGGAGCGCGCUGUACCAUUGUUCGAUUUGACCUGGGUCAGUCGUUGGUUUUCUAAGCAAGGGUGACCAGGAUCUCUUCGAUCGAGUGCCCUUUUGUAGCAUUCAACACUGGCCUGCAUAUGUUCGUUCAGGUUCCCUGCGGUCUUUAAGCCUUUGAGCGUUCUACCUGUAACGUUCUGCUUUGGUCUUUGACUUAGCUCGCAUCGUCAGUAUGAGUGUCGUGUUUCGGCACUCGAUAUCUACUUGUGGCGAUGGCUUUGACAGUGUACAGCAGCUUUCAGCUCGGCUCAGAUGCAUCUGGUUGGGUGUUCUGGCUCGACGAUUCGAUUGGCAUGGAUCCUGUCUCGGCACUGCCGUGAUGUGUGGUCUUGACAGCGCUCGACUUGGCUCGAGUACGUCCGUCGUGACGGUCCGUUUCGGUAUUUCCGACCGAUCGGGUCUUGUCUCGGCAGUCCCACGCGUAAGGACCCAUGCUCUGCCCCGACUUGACUUCCCAAAUCCAGACCACCUCAAUUCACCUCUGUCUCGUGCAUCCAUCCAGCAACAGUUAUUCUUGCAAUUUCGACACCGACCUGGCGCGCGUAGCCUCCAUCUGCUGCGCACCCAUCUUAUCCUAUACCUGUACAUCCACACUCUAUCGCCCUUGUCUCAUUACACCCAUCUCGUGAUGGCUCGCUCGAUGUCGAAACCAUCGUUCAUGCAACUCCCACCAGAACUGCGCACCCUCGUCUACCAGCAUCUACUUACCUCGGUAGAAAGAGGUGAAGUCCGCACUGUCGGCCAGAGAGUGCUGCCGACCUCCGUCGAUUCUUUCGAACAAGCUACAGCACUCUGCAGCAUCGAGGGAAAGUGCAUCUGGUGCCUAUCAGGCAGAGUGCAUCUUGUUUGCCAAUGCCAUGCCAUUAUCGAUGAUCACGAGAAGGGUAGUCUAGUUGAACGACCUGGUGGAAGAAUCUACCCUGCAAUCCUCGGAUGUUCAAAGCAAGUCUACUCGGAAGCAAUGCCCAUGCUUUACUCCGAGACCCAUCUCUCGAUCCUUCUGCGACCAUACCCCGGCACGCUCAGCGGCCUCAGCGCCUUGCCUAUGUUUCCCUGCAAUCUUGGCUCCCUCAACUUCGCAGUCGCCCCUCUGAAACAUGAGAAUUCUAUAGAUCGCAAACUCUUUAUGCAGAUUGUCGGCAACGUCAUGAUCGCGCUCAACGGAUACGCACCCGGAAUCGUUACUGUCACCAGGGACCCAACGCGUGGUAGAUCUUACGAUGCCAGUGUGGCUACUGCACACGAGAUCUUCAGGAAGUUUGAUCUGAUGGUGGUGAAGCAGCCUAUCGUCGAAAUGAGCCUUACCAAGCGUGCAGCACUGUUCAAAGGCAUUUCCAGAGACAGACAAAACGACGUCGCAUUGAUGGCUAUGAUUCAUGUUGCUGUGCCUGACUUUGCUGUUUCCUUCAUCCGCACUAGGCUUCGCUGUUUUUCUUUUCUAGCUCGCCAUGAGCUCCAAUAUUUCCUUGCCUUUCGCUUUAUACCUUGCUCACACUCAAGCUAAACCUUCUGUUAGCUCUCAGAUCGCUCAAUUAUACAUACACGUUGCUUCUCUCGGCGGUCCAUGAUGUGAAAAUGAAACUAUUAACCCUUGAAGGUCGCUGCUUCCAAAUUUAUUAAUUUGCACCUUCCCUCGACCGUCCACCCUUGACAAAUUCGCUCGUU